AAGUCAGAGUGGUGGUCAUGGUCCUGGAGGUGGCAAGAAGGAUGACAAGGACAAGAAAAAGAAAUACGAACCUCCUGUACCAACUAGAGUGGGGAAGAAGAAGAAGAAGACAAAGGGACCAGAUGCUGCCAGCAAACUGCCACUGGUGACACCUCACACUCAGUGCCGGUUAAAGCUAUUGAAGCUGGAGAGAAUUAAAGACUACCUUCUCAUGGAGGAGGAAUUCAUUCGAAAUCAGGAGCAAAUGAAGCCUCUAGAAGAAAAGCAGGAGGAGGAGAGGUCAAAGGUGGAUGACCUGAGGGGGACCCCUAUGUCGGUAGGAACUUUGGAAGAGAUCAUUGAUGACAAUCAUGCCAUCGUGUCUACAUCAGUGGGCUCAGAACACUACGUCAGCAUUCUUUCAUUUGUCGACAAGGAUCUCCUGGAGCCAGGCUGCUCUGUGCUGCUCAACCACAAGGUGCAUGCGGUGAUAGGGGUGCUGAUGGAUGACACCGAUCCCCUGGUCACGGUGAUGAAGGUGGAAAAGGCCCCCCAGGAGACUUAUGCUGACAUUGGGGGAUUGGACAACCAGAUUCAGGAGAUUAAGGAAUCCGUGGAGCUUCCUCUCACGCAUCCUGAGUAUUAUGAAGAGAUGGGUAUAAAGCCCCCUAAGGGGGUCAUUCUCUACGGGCCACCUGGCACAGGUAAAACAUUAUUAGCCAAAGCAGUAGCCAACCAAACCUCGGCCACUUUCUUGAGAGUGGUUGGCUCUGAGCUGAUUCAGAAGUACCUGGGAGACGGGCCCAAGCUUGUGCGGGAAUUGUUCCGUGUUGCUGAGGAGCACGCGCCGUCCAUCGUGUUCAUAGAUGAGAUCGACGCCAUAGGGACAAAAAGAUACGACUCAAAUUCUGGUGGCGAAAGAGAAAUCCAGCGAACGAUGUUAGAGCUGUUGAACCAGCUGGAUGGAUUCGAUUCAAGGGGAGAUGUGAAAGUUAUCAUGGCCACAAACCGCAUAGAAACCUUAGACCCAGCACUUAUUAGACCAGGCCGCAUUGACAGGAAGAUAGAAUUCCCCCUGCCCGAUGAGAAGACGAAGAAGCGUAUCUUUCAGAUUCACACGAGCAGGAUGACGUUGGCCGAUGAUGUCACCUUGGAUGACUUGAUCAUGGCUAAAGACGACCUCUCUGGUGCCGACAUCAAGGUGAGAACCUGGGCUGCUUGGCUGAUCCCUGAAAACUGA